AAGAGGAUGCAAACAUUAAAGUGGGUGGGGCUAAUUGCUGCUGGAAACACAAAAAUAUACAAAAAACCUUGUGUGAAACUUUUGGCCGUGAAAACAAUGUGGAGCACUGUAAAGGAGAGGUCAUCCAUUUCCCACGUUCCUUCCUUGCCUGCCAUCAGCAAUGUUGGUAACCAUAGUGUUGAGGUACCCAGCCCCACCCCCUUCAAAGGUAGCAGCAUGGAGAAGAGAAUGAUGACACUGGAACUCUCCAACAAAGCUCUACUGGAGGAAAUGAUGCACGUCCAUGCAGCUUUGCGCAAAGAGAAGGAGGAAACGAAACAAUCGCUUUCUGAAUUGCUGCACGAGACGAGUCGACAGUUGCAGGCCAACUGGCAGGGCACGUACGAGGAUACAAUAUCACAGAGCCGGAGAGUGGCAGACCGACUAGCCAGACUGGAGCGAUCACUCCUCAGUGUGGAGGGGAUAGUCGCACUGGAGAGAACAGGGAAAGAAAAACAAGAGGUCUGGCUCAAAGAUAGUUUCUCCAGUCUCCACGAGCAUGUCUCCUGGCUGACCAAGAAGAUAGACAGCAGUGUCAGUGAGCUCAGUAACACACUCAAGAGUUUGGACGACUCUUCCACUAGCAAACACGCCAAGCUUGUCACCAUGGUUACCACCACCCUUGAGAGUAGACAGGCACCAUUGGAAAUAAGAGUUAUACAAUUAGAAAAAGUGGUGUUUGAAGACCGAAAUUCUUCUAAGCAGCUGUCUGCAACUGUUGGUCAAACGAAGGACAAACUAAAUGCUCUCUCUGAAUCCUAUAGUGUUGAUCACAGGGAGUGUCAGGUGGAGCUGGACUCACUGAGGGAUUCUCUCAAAGGCUUGGCCAGAGAGGACCAUACUAACCACCAGGAGUUGUCGACCGUCCUCCAAGCUGAGAUCAAAACAAGACAGAAGGCCCUGAGUCAUGUGACGGCCCAGUGUGCUCAGGUGCAGGAGUUGUGUCGUGGCUCGGUGCAUGCUCUCAGAGAGGGGGUGCUCUCCCUGGAGGAGAGGAUGAGCUCACUGAGAAAGGAGGUACACAUUGGGCAUGAACAGCAAGUGGCUUACUGUCAGGAGAUUGGGCAGAGAUUACAAGCUGACCUCAACAUUCAAUUGAGCUCCCUCCAACACCACCACCAGCAAGUUACCAAGGAACUCACCAAAGUUCACUCAACUGGAACCUUUCUAACCACCAUUGCCGAAGAAGACACCAUCAACGGAAGUCCUCAGAGAAUAAUGACCACUCAACCUAGUCGGGGGACCGAAGAGAGUCUACAAACAGUUGAGCAGAGUCAAAAAUUGCUCGCUCAGAGUAAGCUAUUGCUGGAUCGAACUGAGGAUUUGGAAACGAGUCGUGAUGUAAACAAACAAGUGCUUGAACAGUUGCAAUCGAAUUUAAAGCAAAGUGAACAGUUACUCGACGAUAGUAAACUAGUACAGUCUCAUCUUGAGCAGAGCCAACAAAUGCGUACACGUACAAACCUUGAUCAAAGUAGCCAAGUGCUGGAACAAGUACAGACAAAACUGACUCAAAGCAAAGACGUGCUCGAUCAAGUGCAGUCUACACUCAAUCAAAGCAAGCAAGUUCUCGAUCAGUUAAAAUCACAAUUAGAUGAAACAAAGCAAGCAUCAAGUCAAGUACAGUUGAACCUGAAUCACAGCAAAGCGGUUCUCCAACAGCUACAGUCAAAUGUGGACCAAGAUGAAACAACCUCAAAUCUUAAUCGAGAUAACUCUGAACAAAAAGAGACAAACACUCAAUCAGACAGUAUGGAGGCACCAGAAUCGGAGAAUGACCAUCUAUCACAUUCAGAACCAGAUGAAAUUGGUAUAAAAACUCUUGAAUUGGAAACUGAGCCAACUGACCAUGAGGCUAAGGAGGCACCCGAUGGCCUAGUCUCCUCCACAGGAGGAAGUGGGCGUGGGGACGAGGCUACCAAUGACCAGUCUCUCUCAGAGCUAGAGAAGAGCUCAACUCCUGAGGCUACACCACCAGAUGAUGAUGAUGACAUACCACCAUCGUCUCUCAGCCGUACACACUUGUGGCUCUCCUCAACUAAACCCACCCUCUCCACACCCACACCCUCACAUACCCCACCCACACAGCUCACACCCUCACAAACCCCACCCACCUCGGACCAACUUAUCGACGAUACGCAUGAAACAAGAACAAUUUAUAGUGAUCAAGCUGAAGAUAAUGGUGACAACAUCACCCAAGCUAAAAGUAACUCUGAGACUAGCUCAACUUCUGAUGACAAUUUAGUGUUCACUGAACAGGAGAUAGCUAGAGGAAAUAUCUAA